UCAGGGCGCGGUCCGACGGGGCCGGGCCGGGGCUGGCCGCCAUGGCGCCCGUGAGGGAAGCGGCGGUGGUGCUGCGCUGCGAGUGGGCCGCCUGCUCCUACGCCGCCGCCGCCAUGGAGGAGUUCUGCGGGCAUGUGGCACAGCACCUGCGGCACCACCUGCCCGGGGAGCGGCGCGACGAGGUGGACCCGCUGGAGGAGUACACGUGCCUGUGGCAGGAGUGCGGCUUCUGCUCCCCCGAGAGCCCGGCCGACCUGGUCCGCCACGUCUACUUCCACUGCUACCACACCAAGCUGAAGCAGCGGGGGCUGCGCGCCCUGCGGGCCCAGCCGGACAUCAGCCGCUGCCAGCUGGACUUCCAGAGCCGCAACAUCAUCCCCGAGAUCCAGGAGAACUUCCUCUGCCUGUGGGAGUACUGCGAGAGGUCGUUCGAUAAUCCCGAGUGGUUCUAUCGGCACGUGGAGGAUCACAGCUUCUGCUCAGAGUACAAGGCAGCUGGGAAGGAGAACCGCGUGGUGCUCUGCGGCUGGAAAGACUGCGACUGCUCGUUCAAAGGGCGCUGCAAGCUGCGGGAGCACCUGCGCAGCCACACGCAGGAGAAGGUGGUGGCGUGCCCCACCUGCGGCGGGAUGUUCGCCAACAACACCAAGUUCUUCGACCACAUCCGCCGCCAGACUGCGCUGGACCAGCAGAGGUUUCAGUGCUCUCACUGCUCCAAGAGGUUCGCCACAGAGAGGCUGCUCCGCGACCACAUGAGGAACCACGUGAACCAUUACAAGUGCCCGCUGUGCGACAUGACCUGCCCGCUGCCCUCCUCCCUGCGCAAUCACAUCCGUUUCCGGCACAGCGAGGAGCGGCCGUUCAAGUGCGACUACUGCGACUACAGCUGCAAGAGUCUCAUCGACUUGAGGAAGCACCUGGACACGCACAGCAAGGAGCCAGCCUACCGCUGCGAGUUCGAGGCCUGCAGCUUCACCGCGCGCACCGUCUGCUCCAUCAAGCUGCACUACCGCAAGGUCCACGAGGGUGACUCGGAGCCCCGCUACAAGUGUCACGUCUGCGACAAGUGCUUCACUCGUGGGAACAACCUCACCGUGCACCUCAGGAAGAAACACCAGUUCAAGUGGCCCUCGGGGCAUCCUCGCUUCAGGUACAAGGAACACGAGGACGGCUACAUGAGGCUGCAGCUGGUGCGCUACGAGAGCGUGGAGCUGACGGAGCAGCUGCUGAAGGACAGGGAGAAGCGGGGGGAGGCGCUGGAUGGCUCCCCCGACUGCGUGGUGCUGUCCGAAGGCGAGGGCAACCUGCAGGGCAUCAUCCUGGAGGCCCCCACGGAGCCUUCCCCGGCGGAGAACCGUGUGUGUGAGGCGGCCCCGCUGCACGCUGCAGCCUGCUCUGCUGCCAGCCCCGAGGCAGCACGGCCUGGCGCCUUCCCGGGAGCUGCUCUGUCCUCAAAGCAGGAGCUCAGCACCCCGGCCAACCCCAUCAUCCGCGUGGUGAACCGGACCAACGAGCACGGGGAGACCGAGACCGUGUAUUGUGUCGUGGCCAGCACGGCCGCCGAGGAGCGGGCGGCGGCGGCACCCGGCAGGCUGCCCCUGGAGCUGGAGGAGAACGUCAUGGACCGCCUGCAGAAGACGGCCGAGGAGCUGGGCAUCCAGAUCGUGUGAGGAGCUCGCCUGCGUCUGGAAGUCCUGGGCCUCCGUGGGAGCUGGGGGCAGUUGGGAAGUGCCGGGGGGGGGAAGGCUGAAGGUGUCUUCUCCCACGUGCAGCUGGAUGGAUUCCCACCCACCUGGGUAGCGUGGCAGAGGAGGAGGAUUGGUCUCUCCUGGCUGUGGCUCACAAAAAUUAGCUGGGAAGAGCUGUCUCUUUGUUUUGGGGACCUCCCCCACCUCCAGCUUUGGCCUUAGCCUGCCGCAGGUUCGCUCGCUGGUGCCGUGGGCCCAGCGCAGCCCAGUUGUGGGCCCGUGCUGAGCCCGGUCCUCAGCCCGGUUCUCCCUGUGCCGGUGAUGUGCAGCAGAAUCUCGUACCUGGGGGGCCG